AUGUCCCUGGGGAAAGUCUACGAUCCACAGCUCAGUAAAAGAGCCGUGUUGCCAUGUAAAAGCAGAAAAACGUCCCGCUCCAGCCGCUCCUCGGGGGGCCUCCAGUCUCCAGAUUACCCCACUCUUCCUUUGACCAUCUCCACUGAGGCGCUGCAGCAGAACAGCAGCCACCUACGCACCAAAUUCUCUAAAAACCUCUUUUCAAAGCACUCUCUGAAAGGAUUCAACCUCCUCGGUCUGCGCAAGGCCUCCCACAGACGCUUUCCCAUCCCGGCUAGUCGCAGCUGUGAGGACUUGGACGGGCCCUGCCAGCGACCGGGCCCCUGGAGGAGGUCCCAUUCCCUCGGAGACAUUCGCCUGGAGCAAUCUAACGCCGAGUUUAAAGCCACACUGGAGAAGGCUAGAAACGACAGCCCGCAAAAGCUAAACGGAACUGCAAUCAUUCCAAAAACGAGACCCCCGGUGCCCUCUCAGCUGCCCCUUAGGUCGUCCUGUCCCAGCCCACAAUCACCUACUGUCCCGGAGCUGUUGUCUAGCCCUCCUACUAGUCCGUUCCAAUCUACAGGCGACAAAAUCAUUGCCAAAACGCAUUCCAAAAAGCCUCCUGUACCGCCACCAGUCCCAGCCAAGAAAUCCAGGGAUCGGCUCGCCAACGGUCUCCGCCACGCACCCCUUUCCCUCCCCUCCUCACCCUCCCCCACUCACUCCAUGAACAGAUCCCAUCCGAGCAGUCCGGUGAUCCGUAGCACCAGCAGCAGCCCCGGACCGCCUCUCCCGGCCAAGACCCCGACCAGCAGCACCCCGGCCAGCCCCUGCUACUCCUCGUCGGCCUCUUCGGUGGGGGAGGAGUCGGCGGGGAACUCAUCGGCGCAACCCCCGUGGCUGUCGGACCUGGGGGGGAAGGUGGCGGUGGCCCGGAAAGCGUCCCAUUCCAAGAUGAUUCCCGAUCUGCUGAGCGUCCUGGAGCAGAGGCUGGAGGCGGAGGGCAUCGACCUGACGGAGGAGCCGUAUUCUGAUAAGCACGGCCGCUGUGGCAUUCCUCAGCUGUUGGUGCAGCGUUACUCAGAGGAAGCGGAGCAGCCGCUGAAGGACGUGGCCUCCUCUCUGGACCAGCUCCGGGUCCGAGAGCUGCGGAAACAGCACCGCAUGGCUAUCCCAUCCGGCGGUCAGACGGAGAUUUCCCGCAAGCUGUUCCCGGUGGGCCACAUCAGCUCCGUCUCCGAUUGGCUGGUGUCUAUCGGCCUGCCCAUGUACGCCUCUCCGCUGGCGGCGGCGGGCGUGGUGGCGCUCGCUCAGGUCACGUCCCUCACCGAGAGCAGCGUGUGGGAGGCGGGGGUCCGGGACGAGAGGCACGUUCGCAGACUGGUGCAAGAGUCCCGCCUGGUCAGCCCCGACGGAGGCUCCUAA